CUGGGGAAGGUAUAAAUGCCACCUCCCGCUGGCCAAGCUUCACAGCACUCGCAGGGGCUGGUGUCACUGGUCAUUCCUGCACGGGACAGUCCACCAUGGCCUCAGACCACCAGACCCAGGCGGGCAAACCACAGUCCCUCAACCCCAAGAUCAUCAUCUUUGAGCAGGAAAACUUUCAAGGCCACUCGCAUGAGCUCAAUGGGCCCUGCCCCAACCUGAAGGAGACUGGCGUGGAGAAGGCAGGCUCUGUCCUAGUGCAGGCUGGACCCUGGGUGGGCUAUGAACAGGCCAACUGCAAGGGUGAGCAGUUUGUGUUCGAGAAGGGCGAGUACCCCCGCUGGGACUCGUGGACCAGCAGCCGGAGGACGGACUCCCUCAGCUCCCUGAGGCCCAUCAAAGUGGACAGCCAAGAGCACAAGAUCAUCCUCUAUGAAAACCCGAACUUCACCGGGAAGAAGAUGGAAAUCAUAGAUGACGACGUACCCAGCUUCCACGCCCACGGCUACCAGGAGAAGGUGUCAUCUGUGCGGGUGCAGAGUGGCACGUGGGUUGGCUACCAGUACCCCGGCUACCGCGGGCUGCAGUACCUGCUGGAGAAGGGAGACUACAAGGACAGCAGCGACUUUGGGGCCCCUCACCCCCAGGUGCAGUCUGUGCGCCGCAUCCGCGACAUGCAGUGGCACCAACGUGGCGCCUUCCACCCUUCCAACUAGUACCCUCCCCACCAUGCCUCCUUCCCAGGACCCAGACCUGCUGCCCAGCAACCCUCCAGACCAACCAGAGAGUGAAUAAAGUGUGACUUGCAACUUG